CGUCACUAUAUAAAGCAGCAGAGGCGUGGAUUAGCAGAUACUUGCCUGCUGAGGACCAUGUGAGCAACGGCCAUCUCCACGCCAAGGAGAGACAAAAUGCCAGGCGUGUUCCUCUCUGCUAAUCCAAAGGAACUGAAAGGAACUGAUCAUUCGCUUCUAAACGACAAGACGCAGAAAAGGAGGCCAAAGACCUUUGGAAUGGAUGUGAAAGCAUACCUGAGAUCUAUGAUCCCACACCUGGAAUCUGGAAUGAAACCUUCCAAGUCCAAGGACCUACUCUCUGCUGAUGAAGUGAAGCAGUGGUCUGAAUCUCUGGAAAAACUUCUUGCCAACCAGACUGGUCAAGACGUCUUUGGGAAUUUCCUAAAGUCUGAGUUCAGUGAGGAGAAUAUUGAAUUCUGGCUGGCUUGUGAAGACUAUAAAAAAACAGAGUCUGAUCUUUUGCAUUGCAAAGCGGAGAAAAUCUAUAAAGCAUUUGUGCAGUCAGAUGCCGCCAAACAAAUCAAUAUUGACUUUCACACUCGAGAAUCUACAGCCAAGAAGAUUAAAGCACCAACACCCACGUGUUUCGAUGAAGCCCAAAGAACCAUAUAUACUCUUAUGGAAAAGGACUCCUAUCCCAGGUUCCUCAAAUCAAAUAUAUACUUAAAUCUUCUGAAUGACCUUCAGGCUAAUAGUCUAAAGUGACUAGUGCCGGCUGGAGGGAAUUAAAGAUGAUAUCAAGUACAGAAGGAAUGUACCAGGAUGGCUCCCUGGGGGAACACCUUGGCCUUUUUGGAUGACUCACAGAUCCAGGGGAAGAACCCAUGACUCAGGACAGAUUAACAUGGAAGUUAUCCAGGCUCAAGGCUGAAGAAGCG